AUGGGCUUGGGGAUCUAGUCCAACCUGUCACGGCGGGUGACUGGGUGGUCGGCCCCCGGCCUCGCGCGCACCAGGAGACCGUCCUCUCUCUCGUACACACGCCGACGCCGUCUCUCCGUCCCCAGCAAAGCAAGCAUUCCUCCCAUCCAGCACCCGCCUCCGCGCGCCGCGUGCCCUCCGCCUCCCCGUAUAUCACCCGCACCCCACCACGCCGAGCCAGCCAACGCCACCACUGUCGCAUCCUCCUCAACACACACCAAGCUUAGCUUCCCGUGCGCGUCGUCGGUCGUAGACAGAACGUAAAACGUGCGAUACGCGCGCGGAAUGGACGGCGCCGACGCGUCGACGGCGUGGCCGCUGGGGUGGUCGCUGCUCCGCGGCUACUUCUCCCCGGCGACGCUCUUCCUCCUGCUCAACGUGGUCAUCGGCACCAUCGCGCUCACCUCCCGCUCCCACCGGCGCCACCACGACGACGACGAGCGGCACAAGGCGCAGCGCCAGCAUCAGCAUGACCACUACCAUGAGCCGCAGCGCCGCUAUGAUGAUCAGUACGCUCCUCCGCCGCCGCUGCCCGCGCCGCUGGCGCGCACGUCGUCGGUCAUGGAGCGCCUCCGCUCCUUCGGCCUCUACCGCUUCCGCUCCGGCGACUUCCCUCCCGAGUACAACCUCUCCGCCGCCGCCGCCGCCAACGCCAUCUGCGACGAGAGCGAGAAGCAGCAGGCGCAGUACACCCGGAGCCGCUCGGAGCCUGCCGCGAGGCCGCUGCCUCCGGUGGAGCAGAGACGCAAGGAGGAGAAAUCUGCCACCGCCAGAGCGAGGACGGCCAUCAAGAAGUCGAGCUCGGAGGCGAGGAAGCUGGAGCGCGCCCCGGCGCAGGCACGGCAGGUGGUGGUGCAACGCGCGCCGCCGCCGAGGGCGCCGGCUCGCCCCGUGCAGGCGGCCGCGAAGGAGGAGGCGUCGACCGCGGGGUCGCCGGGGCUCGCGACCGCGAGCAGCGUGGACGCGAGGGCGGACGACUUCAUCAACAAGUUCAGGGAGCAGCUGCAGCUGCAGCGGCUCAACUCGCUGCUCAACUAUACGGAGAUGCUCAACCGCGGCGCGGAUGCAAAGAGCAGCUCGGUCGGCGAUCCAUGCGUUUAGAGUGGUCUCGCCAUUGAUGAACUGCGGCACUGUAUACC